GUGCCGUGCCGGCCACUGACGAAUCUCGAGAGCGCAUCGUCGUCGGGAUCCCGAGCGCUCAGACACCGACCGCCAUGUUCUCCAGGCCGCUCGCACUACCCGCGCGGCUGGCCGCUCGUCGCCCUCCCAGGCCCGCGACCAUCCCGCGGGUCGCAUGGGCCCGCCGUUUCGCGACGCCCCCGGGUGGGCAGAAGCCCCCGCAGGACGAGAAGAAGCCGGAGGAGGAACAGAACACGGAUUCCAAGGGCCUCUCGGCAGAGGAAAAAGAGAAGUCCGCAGAGAAGGGAGCGCCGCAGAAGGACACCAACAAGCAGCAGGAAAUAUACAAGGGGCUCGAAGGCUUCUUCCAGCAGUACAAGCGGGAGCAGCAGGAGCAGCGGCGCCAGUCCCAAGAACCCGACUCGAAGGAGCGGGAGGAUCCGUCGCAGAAGGACAAGCAAAGGAACAAGCCUCCUCCGAAGGAAGGCAACCCCAACCCCCUCGAUCCCCGGCAACUCAUCGUCCUGGGCACAUCCCUCGGCAUCAUGUACUACCUCUCAUCCUCCUCUUCCUCUUCUCGCGAAAUCACCUGGCAAGAAUUUCGCACAGCUUUCCUCGACAAGGGCUUGGUUGAUCGUCUAGAGGUCGUCAAUCGCACUCGCGUUGUCGUCAAACUUCACUCGAAUGCGACGGGGACUAUGUAUCCCCAUUCACCUCCUGGCGGCGGUGACUACUACUUCUCGAUCGGCAGCGUUGAAGCCUUCGAGAGGCAGCUGGACAACGCGCAGCGGGAGCUCGGCAUCCCCAGUCACGAGCGAAUACCGGUCGCUUAUCACGACGAGACCUCGUGGUAUGGUGUGCUGGCCCCUUUCGUCCCCACCAUCCUCAUUCUUGCCGGCUCCUUCUGGAUGCUGCAGCGGAUGUCGAAAGGUGGCGGAGGAGGCGGAGGCGGUGUCUUUGGUAUGAUGAAGAGCCGCGCGAAGAUGUUCAACAAGGAGACAGAUAUCAAGGUCAAGUUCAAGGACGUGGCCGGCAUGGACGAGGCCAAGGAGGAGAUUAUGGAGUUCGUUAAGUUCCUCAAGGACCCCGCCAAGUACGAAAAGCUCGGUGCGAAGAUUCCUCGUGGAGCCAUCCUCUCUGGUCCGCCCGGUACGGGCAAAACGUUGCUCGCCAAAGCCACGGCGGGCGAGGCGUCCGUGCCCUUCCUUUCGGUAUCCGGUUCCGAGUUCAUUGAGAUGUUCGUGGGUGUCGGGUCUGCCCGCGUGCGUGAUCUGUUCGCUUCGGCACGGAAGAACGCACCCUGCAUCAUCUUCGUCGACGAAAUUGACGCCAUCGGGAGGAAGCGAGGCGGCGGCAACAUCGGCGGAGGAGACAGUGAGCGGGAAACGACACUCAACCAGCUUCUUGUCGAGAUGGACGGGUUCAAUACCAACGAGCAUGUCGUCGUGCUCGCCGGUACCAAUCGGCCUGAUGUCCUUGAUCCCGCGCUGAAGCGUCCUGGCCGAUUCGAUAGGCAGAUUGCCAUCGACCUUCCAGACGUCUCUGGACGCAAGGGUAUUUAUCUGGUCCACCUCAAACCUCUACGACUCGCGGACAAUCUUCCUGAGACGGAAAAACUUGCACAGAAGCUUGCCGUAUUGACGCCCGGGUUUUCCGGCGCCGAUAUCGCCAAUGUCUGCAACGAAGCUGCUUUGCAUGCUGCUCGCCGAGGAUCAGAGUUUGUCGAGGACCAGGACUUCACGAGUGCGAUUGACCGCGUGAUCGCAGGCUUGGAGAGGAAGAGCCGAGUGCUGAGCCCGCACGAGAAGAACAUCGUCGCCCAUCACGAGGCUGGACAUGCCGUAUGUGGAUGGUUCCUGGAACAUGCGCAUCCUCUUCUCAAGGUCACUAUCAUUCCACAUGGCGGGGGUGCCCUUGGAUAUGCGCAGUAUCUUCCACCGGACCUUUACCUGAUGUCCAUCCCACAAAUGCGUGACCAAAUGAUUACAACACUCGGAGGGCGUGUUGCAGAGGAAGUCUUCUUCGGUCCCGAAAAUAUCACGACCGGUGCCCAAGACGAUCUACGGAAGAUCACCCGUAUGGCCUUUGAGGCAUGUGCGAACUACGGCAUGAACAGUCUCAUCGGACCAGUCAGUUAUGGUGGUGCGCGAGGCCAAGAAGAAAGCUACACGAAGCCUUUUAGCGAGAAGACGGGUGAGAUGCUCGACAACGAAGUCCGGAAGAUGAUCACCGAGGCUCACCGGAUGACUACGGAGCUCUUGACCAAACACAAGGAAGACGUGAAGAAAGUCGCGAAUCUGCUUUUGGAAAGAGAAGUAAUCACUCGAGAGGACAUGAUUGACCUUCUCGGAAAGCGGCCAUUCUCCCGACCAGACGACAUGGACAAAUGGUUAGACGAAAACCAUAAGCCGAAAGCGCCUUUGCCCUCCGCCGCCGAGCCCCUAGAUCCUCCCCCGGAGAGCCUCGGUGGCCCGACUCCCCAGCCCAGUUUAUUUUCGAGCUUAGAUCGGAGGUCGUGAUAUACAUGACGUGGAGGACUCAGACAUCUCUUAACAACCAUUGUAUCCAUAUUAUAAUACACUACGCAAUAGCAUCACUCAUUCCGAAAGGUUGGCUUGUCCUAGAUUGCUUUACGUACAUCUGGCAAUCAAGUGACAUACCGG